AUGAUAACGGACACCAAUGAUAACAACCCCACAUUUAACCCGAGUGAGUUUGAGGCUAAAGUGAACGAAAGUGCACCAAUAAAUACAGCUGUAGUAACUGUCCAUGCUACAGAUGCGGACAAAGGUUUAAACUCAGAAAUUGUGUACAGCCUCAGUGAUGAGAACAGCGGCCAGUUCAGGGUCAUUGGAGAUUUAGACAGGGAGAAAGUGAGCAUGUAUAACCUCACAAUGAAAGCAGUUGAUCAUGGAUACCCUCAACGUAGUUCCACUGGCCAUCUCAUAAUCUAUGUAAGCGAUGCUAACGACCAUGCUCCAGUUUUUGCAAAACAUGAGUACAGGGUGAAGAUGAGCGAACUUGAAUUGCCAGGAAGUUUUGUGGAAAGUGUGACAGCCUCAGAUGAAGAUUCAGGCCCAAACUCUGCAUUGUCAUAUUCAAUUGUGACAGGAAAUGACCUGAAUUGGUUCCGGAUUGAUCCAGCUACAGGUCUUGUUACCACCCAGGACAAGCUAGACCAUGAAACUACCUUCCAGGUCAUCAUGAAUAUAUCGGCAAAAGAUGGGGGCGCUCAGAUUUUCAGAAACUACACCACACUGAUUGUUACGAUUCUUGAUGAGAAUGACGUGGUUCCGACAUUUGAUCGAUCGGUGUAUGAUGUGAAUGUUCGAGAAGACAUAGGGGUUGGAUCUGACAUCAUCACUCUAACAGCGACGGACACUGACGAAGGCUUGAAUGGAACUGUUAGCAGUAUCCUAGAGAACCAGCCUUCAGGGACUGAUGUGGUCCAGGUGUUUGCCUUUGAUCCAGAUGAAGGACUCAACAGACGCGUCACCUACAGCUUCUUUGGGGACAGCUUCAGCAGCUUCUCCAUUGAUGCAUCCACUGGAUGGGUCCGGACAACCAAGCAGCUGGACAAAAGUCGCAGCCCAUACCGUCUGACUGUGCGGGUUACUGAUGGUGGGGGGAAGAUUGCAUCUCCUGAUGCUUCUUUGGAGGUCACUGUCGCUAACGUUAAUGACCCUGCUCCACAAUUUAGUGGUCAAAGCUAUACAUUCUCCAUUGAAGAAGUUGGUGAAAAUCAGAUUCCUGAUGUGAGCAGAAGUGUUGGAAGAGUAACGGCUACCGUGUCAGACAACACCCCUGUGACAUAUGCUAUUGUUGGGGGCGAUCCUUAUGGAGUGUUCAACAUAGACAGAACAUCCGGGCAGAUUACCACUGUAAAGAAAGUGGACCGGGAAGUACAGUCUGAGUUCCACCUGAAGGUAAUUGCAAGCGGUUCUCGCUUCCGGGAGACAUCAGUGAAGGUAGAGGUCACUGACAUCAAUGAUAACUCCCCUGUCUUUGUGGACCAAACCAUGGAAACCUCCGUGCAUGAAAACUGGCCAAUCGGCCGGAACAUCUACCAUGCAGAAGCCAGGGAUGCUGACUUUGGUCCCAACUCGGAUCUCUCCUACACCCUGACGUCUAAUUCUAACAAUGUCUUCAUGAUUAAGGCCCAGACUGGAGUGAUUUACCUGAACAAGCCACUCGACCAGCUGCCAUCCAACAGAAGCACCCACACCCUCACUGUGACAGCAACUGAUGCAGGAACGCCCCAGCUCUCUACCACUGUCGACAUCACUGUCUUCAUCCAAGAUUCAUUAUGA